AUGUCUGCCCACCGAGUGUCGAUUCGACCCAAGCAAGUGGCUGAUUUGGAUACAAGAGACCCAGACCAAGAAAAACAAGCGCAAGAGAAACAAGAGACAGACGCGUCUCCAGCCACCCCGACGUAUAAUCGACUUGAUCCCUCCAACCCUGGGCUCACCAUCCGGUUCUAUAAACAUGUGGACAGCAAUCAGAAUGGAUCUUCUCGAAUGGUCGCGCACGACAAACAGGAAAGCCAUCGCACUGUCAUCGUCAGCGAAGCUAGCAAGAUGGUACGCCCGGUCCUGAUCAGCGGGAAUCGAUACUUGCGUUGUCACCUGUUUCGUCUCCCGAUCGAGGUCCGGUCCAGAAUCUACGAGAUCUUGCUUGGGGGCGACGACAAAGCCCUUGAGGUUGGCCGGCUCCCGCGGUGCAGAAUAACAGACCUAGCCAUUCUCCAGACAUGCCACCUCAUUUACCACGAAGCAUCCAUUGCUCUCUACCAUUCGCUGAGCUACCGCAGACUCUUCCUCCGGUCAUACGGUGCUUUCUCCGCACAUCUGCUUCGACGUCACCCCAGUGGACUCCGCUGCUGCCGCAACAAAUCAUACGACAAAUGGCUCGAAUAUCCAUGCCGCCUCGAACAGCUCAGCUGGAACCGAUCUUAUGGCUCAGUGACCUUUCUCAUUGGAGCAGCGGACUUCAAGAUCGCCCUGAAGCGCCGUUGGGACUUUGCCGAGUUCAUCACAACCCUGAGGAUGGCAGAGCCGCUGAGGAUCCACGCUCUGACUAUCGUCGCCACUGAGAAUUGGAAUCUCCCCGGUUUCAACGAACGCGAUCUCGUCAAGGCCCUGUUUGGCGGCGCAUUCGAAUUCCUGGGAGAAGUCAAGUUUAGGGGGUUUACUCCGGACGAGAGGGACCGGCUCGGCCAACUCGUUCAUUCACUCCGGAUUUCGACUUUGAAAGUCGGACGCAAGAAGAAAAAGAUUCAGGGCGAGGGUUUAGUGCCCUGA